GGGUAGCGAUGAGUUAGAGGAAAACUAUGAUUUCAUCUCUACUGGCCUUGCUGUAGAAAACCCAAUCGCGUUUUUUCUUCUGCCUCUGUUGAGUGGGAUGUCUGCCUAAACUGGAACUUAUGCUGUAGACUUUUUGUGGUUUAUCUGAAAAUCAAAGAGCUGGAGAGAGCUGAGCUGAGCUUCCAGUGGUCUGGGUAACUGAUUAAAGGAAAAGAAGAUUUGAAUCCGUUUGUAAGGAAAGAAAAGGAAGCAACAACAUAAUGUCUAAAGUUGGAGCCAGUUAAGCCAGUAAACAUUGCUACCUUCAGAAAGGAAGGAAUGAGAGGCAAGGACGAAAAGACUUUCAUCUUGGGAAGACCCAAAGCACUUUGAAAUGUUAAAGGAAUGUCAUGCUAGCUGCUAAAGCCACCUUUGUCACCAGCAUGGAUGAAGUGCUUCAGAUUUAAACGAUUGAUCGUACAUGGAAGAGCUGCUGUAACACAUAAAGAAGGUAAAAACUGGCAGAUGAAAGUUUGUCAUGCACUGAAAGAAACGCGUUGUCUGUGAAGUUCUAUUUUUUAAAAUGUCUGCUUGUAACACCUUUACUGAACACGUCUGGAAACCUGGUGAAUGCAAGAAUUGCUUUAAACCUAAAAGCUUGCACCAGCUUCCCCCAGACCCUGAGAAGGCACCCAUCACCCAUGGCAAUGUGAAAACGAACGCCAAUCACAGUAACAACCAUCGCAUCAGGAACACCGGAAAUUUCCGGCCUCCUGUGGCUAAAAAACCCACGAUAGCUGUGAAGCCCACUAUGAUGGUGGCAGAUGGACAAAGUGUAUGUGGCGAGCUUAGCAUCCAAGAACACUGUGAGAACAAACCUGUCAUCAUAGGGUGGAACCGGAACAGAACUGCCUUGGGUCAGAAACCACUUAACAAUAAUAAUGAAGAAGAAGGUGAAGGGAUUGGCCAUGCUCCUAAGCCUUAUGGCAGUAAUGACAGUGCAAAGAAGCUCUCAAAUAACAACAAUGGGCUCACUGAAGUGUUGAAGGAGAUAGCAGGCUUGGAGACCACCCCUCAGGUGAGAGGAAAUGAAACAAACUCCAGAGAAACAUUCUUAGGGAGAAUAAAUGACUGCUAUAAACGCUCACUGGAAAGAAAGCUUCCCCCAAGUUGCAUGAUGGGUGGGAUGAAGGACACUCAGUGCAAGCAUGUGAUUCUGAGUGGGAGCACGGAAGUGAUCAGCAAUGAGGGGGGCCGGUUCUGCUACCCAGAGUUCUCCAGUGGCGAGGAGAGUGAGGAAGAUAUGCUCUUCAGUAACAUGGAGGAGGAGCACGAGAGCUGGGAUGAGAGUGACGAGGAGCUGCUGGCCAUGGAGAUCCGCAUGAGAGGGCAGCCUCGCUUUGCCAACUUCAGGGCAAACACUUUGUCUCCUGUUCGAUUCUUUGUGGACAAAAAAUGGAAUACCAUCCCCCUGCGAAAUAAGUCUCUGCAGAGAAUCUGUGCUGUAGACUACGACGACAGCUAUGAUGAAAUCCUGAAUGGUUAUGAGGAGAAUUCUGUGGUCUCUUAUGGACAAGGAAGCAUUCAGAGUAUGGUGUCAUCUGACUCCAUUUCACCAGAUUCUUCUUUGACAGAGGAAUCACAUUCUGAGACAGCUAGUAGUUUAUCGCAGAAGAUGUGUAAUGGAGGGAUAUCUCCUGGUAACCCAGGGGAUUCUAAGGACAUGAAGGAAACUGAGCCCAGUUAUGAGAAUCUCUCUGGUAAUAAUCAGGAGAAGCCUUCAUCACAGGCUUCCAAAAGCUCAGUGAAAAGUCCAGAGACACACAAAGCAGUCCUGGCCCUCCGACUAGAAGAGAAGGAUGGUAAGAUUGCUGUACAAACUGAGAAGCCAGAAAGCAAAGCCUCUACUGAUAUUGCUGGGCAAGCAGUGACCAUAAACCUCGUCCCUGUAGAAGAGCAAGCCAAGCCCUACCGCGUUGUGAAUCUAGAACAGCCGUUGUGCAAGCCAUACACUGUUGUGGAUGUGUCAGCAGCUAUGGCCAGCGAGCACCUCGAGGGCCCUGUCAGCAGUCCCAAAACAAAAAGCUCAUCUUCUACUCCAAACUCCCCGGUGACAUCACCUACCUUGACGCCAGGACAACUAAGUGCCCAUUUCCAAAAAUCCAGUGCAAUUCGAUACCAGGAAGUCUGGACUUCCAGCACCAGUCCAAGACAAAAGAUACCUAAAGUAGAAUUGAUUACUGGUGGGACUGGACCAAAUGUCCCUCCAAGGAAAAGCUGUCACAAAUCAGCACCUACAUCACCCACAGCUACAAACAUUUCCUCUAAAACCAUCCCUGUUAAGUCACCUAAUUUGUCUGAAAUAAAAUUUAAUAGCUACAAUAAUGCUGGUAUGCCACCUUUCCCAAUUAUCAUACAUGAUGAGCCAACUUAUGCUCGGAGUUCCAAAAAUGCUAUCAAAGUUCCCAUUGUGAUCAAUCCAAAUGCAUAUGACAAUCUAGCCAUCUACAAAAGUUUCCUGGGAACAAGUGGAGAACUCUCAGCGAAGGAAAAAACCACAAGUGUGAUAAGCCAUACUUAUGAAGAAAUAGAAACAGAAAGCCAAGUGUCUGAUAACACCACUAGCAAAACCACUGAAUGUCCCCAGGCUAAGGGGAUUUCAAACAGCACAGAGCGGAAAAGAGGUUCUGUGGCCCAGAAGAUUCAGGAGUUUAACAACUGUCUCAACAGAGGCCAGUCUUCACCACAGAGAAGCUAUAGUUCCAGCCACAGCUCCCCAGCAAAGAUCCAGAGAACCACUCAGGAACCUGUGGCCAAAACAGAAGGCACUCAGGAGUCUCAGACGGAUGGCAGCAGCAGUGGUAGCGUCAGGGAGAAGGCCAGCACGGUGCUCUCUCAGAUUGUGGCUUCUAUCCAGCCCCCACAGUCUCCUCCAGAAGCACCUCAGUCUGGCCCUAAAGCCUGCAGCGUGGAAGAGCUCUAUGCUGUGCCCCCAGAUGCCGAUGUUGCUGAGAGCAUACCUAAGGGCACCCCGGGCCGGCCCAAAUCUCUCUUCACACCUCAGCCUGGUGGCGAGACUGAAGUACCUCAGACCACAGAGUGUCCUGCCACCAAAGUACCGAAAGAUCCACUUGCAAAGCCAGUCACCUCCCCUCCCUCCAAGUUAGUGGCGAGCCCCCACAGUGAGCCACCACCACCUUUCCCACCGCCGCGCUCUACUUCCUCCCCAUACCAUGCAGGUAGCCUCCUGCAGAGGCAUUUCACCAACUGGACCAAGCCCAUUAGCCCCACCAGGUCCACAGAAGCUGAGUCAAUCCUGCACUCCGAAGGCAGCAGGCGGGCCGCUGACGCAAAGCCCAAGCGCUGGAUAUCAUUUAAAAGCUUCUUCCGUCGUCGGAAAACAGACGAGGAGGAUGACAAAGAGAAAGAGCGAGAGAAAGGGAAACUGGUGGGCCUGGAUGGCACAGUCAUUCACAUGCUGCCACCACCUCCAGUGCAACGCCAUCACUGGUUCACAGAAGCCAAAGGAGAAGCCAGUGAGAAACCAGCCAUUGUCUUCAUGUACAGGUGCGACCCUACCCAAGGCCAGCUCAGUGUAGAGCAGAGCAAGGCUGGAGCAGACCAGGCAGCAGUUCCAGAGAAGGGCAGAGUCGAGGAUGUGCUGCUACAGGACUCAGAGAAGAAGAAAAGGAGUCAUUCUUCGCCAUCAUGUAUUCCUAAAAAAAUUCUCAGUCAUGUGACCCAUGAAGUGACAGAAGACUUUUCUCCUCGGGAUCUAAGAACUGUUAUUGUGAAGCAAGAUGGUAGGGGCAGCACUUCAGUCACACCAGCAUCGCCCCUCCCUGAACUGGAAAGAGAAGAGGAAAAAGGAGACAUUUCGGAUCCCAAGGACCUAAACCCCUGUAGUGCAACAUACAGCAACUUAGGGCAAUCUAGAGCAGCCAUGAUACCUCCCAAGCAUCCACGUCAGCCCAAGGGACCUUUGGAUGAUGCCAUUGCUUUUGUGGGGAAAGCAGACCAAGAAGCACCUACUGCUUCCCAACCCACACCACCCCCACUGCCAAAGAAGAUGAUCAUAAGAGCCAAUACAGAGCCACUCUCCAAAGACCUCCAGAAAUCCAUGGAAAGCAGUCUUUGUGUCAUGGCUAAUCCCACCUAUGAUAUCGACCCCAACUGGGAUGCCAGCAGCGCUGGCUCUUCCAUCAGCUAUGAACUCAAGGGUCUGGACAUUGAGUCUUGUGACUCCUUGGAGAGACCUUUGCACAAGGAGAGACCUGUCCCCUCAGCAGCAAACAGUAUCUCCAGCUUAACCACUCUCAGUAUUAAGGACAGAUUUUCCAACAGCAUGGAAUCCCUGUCUAGCCGACGCGGGCCCUCUUGCAGACAGGGCCGGGGCAUCCAGAAGCCACAGAGACAAGCACUUUAUCGAGGACUUGAGAGUCGGGAGGAAGUGGUGGGUAAAAUCCGGAGCCUUCAUACCGAUGCCUUGAAAAAACUGGCUAUUAAAUGUGAAGACCUCUUCAUGGCUGGGCAGAAAGACCAACUCCGUUUUGGGGUGGACAGCUGGUCAGACUUCAGGCUAACCAGUGACAAACCGUGUUGUGAAGCAGGAGAUGCAGUGUACUAUACUGCUUCAUAUGCAAAAGAUCCACUGAAUAACUACGCAGUCAAGAUCUGCAAGAGCAAGGCUAAAGAGUCUCAGCAGUACUAUCACAGCUUGGCUGUCCGGCAGAGCCUGGCUGUCCAUUUUAACAUCCAGCAGGACUGUGGUCAUUUCCUUGCCGAAGUUCCAAGCCGCCUGCUUCCCUGGGAGGAUCCUGAUGCUUCUGAAAAAGAAGAAGAUGAAAUGGAAGAGAAUGAAGAAGAAGCAAAAGGAGAAACUGACGGGAAAAGCCCAGAGCCCUGCUCUGAAAUGGAGUCAUCCCAGAAAGAAAGACAAGGGGUCCUGAGCAAGAAGAAACAGAGAAGCCAUGUUGUGGUCAUCACCAGGGAGGUCCCCUGCCUCACUGUGGCUGAUUUUGUGCGAGAUUCUCUGGCCCAGCAUGGGAAAACCCCCGACCUAUAUGAGAGGCAGGUGUGCCUGCUGCUCCUACAGCUGUGCUCUGGCCUGGAGCACCUCAAGCCCUACCAUGUCACGCACUGUGACCUUCGCCUGGAAAACCUGCUGCUUGUCCACUACCAGCCUGGAGGAACUGCCCGAGGCCUCGGGCCUCUGGAGCCCAGCCCCACCUCAUCUUGUCCCACAAGGCUCAUAGUGAGCAACUUCUCUCAAGCCAAGCAGAAGAGCCACCUGGUAGACCCCGAGAUCCUCCGGGACCAGUCCCGCCUUGCCCCAGAGAUCAUAACAGCCACCCAGUAUAAAAAGUGUGAUGAGUUCCAGACUGGCAUCCUCAUCUAUGAGAUGCUGCACCUGCCCAACCCCUUUGAUGAGAACCCAGAGCUGAAGGAGAGGGAGUACACACGCGCAGACCUGCCCCGCAUUCCGCUCCGCUCCCCCUACUCCCGGGGCCUGCAGCAGCUGGCCAGCUGCCUCCUGAACCCCAACCCUUCUGAGCGGAUCCUCAUCUCAGACGCCAAAGGCAUCCUCCAGUGUCUGCUCUGGGGCCCCCGUGAAGAUCUCCUCCAGACUUUCACUGCCUCCCCCAGCCUGGUGCAGAGGAACCUCCUUCUCCAGAACUGGCUGGACAUCAAGCGCACACUGCUGAUGAUCAAGUUUGCCGAGAAGUCCCUGGACAGGGAGGGCGGCAUCAGCCUCGAGGACUGGCUCUGUGCUCAGUAUUUGGCUUUUGCCACCACAGAUUCCCUUGGUUGUAUUGUGAAGAUCCUGCAACACCGUUAGUGUGUCCUGGCUGCUGCUUCUCCUAAGCGUCCACCUUCUUCAUGUCACCCACAUACUUCCCCUUCCUAGAAUUCAAGGUAAGAAGAGAGACAGACCUUCCGUCCCUGGCCACGAACAAGUGAGUUCAUUCAGAGGGGCUCUCCACAGCACCAGCUCACAUGAGAAGCUGAGUCUAUCUUUAUAGAAAUUCGGCUGCACAAACAUGCAGUUGCCUUCCUUUGAAAUAUCUUUCAUCCUAACAGCCCCAAAGAUGCAGAUAAAAAGUGAAAGUGCACAUCCUUGAAGGGACUGAACUCAGUGAGCCAGUGAGCUG